ACACAGAGGAUGAGAAGAGACUCAACAGCACUCAGGUGUGAUGGAGAAGAAGCUUUCAGUGCUGCACAGAAGCAUUAAGCCCUUAAUGGAAGCCCUGUCAGGAGUAGAAGAGUUCUUGGUGCACACAAGUGGAUUUUCCUGAAAGCCAUUCAGCUUUCUAGAAGGGGAUGAACAGUCUCUAACAAUGGGAAUGCUGCCAUCCUGAUGGAAGAUUUCCUUGCCACAGUCUCUAACAAUGGGAAUGCUACCAUCCUGAUGGAAGAUUUCCUUGCCACUGUAGUAUAACAGAGGAAGAUGGUCCAAAAUAUAAGAACAAAGGUUUUUAGCUCCAUCAGUGUUGAGUUGGAGCACCCUGAGCUGACAAAGGUGGAUGAGCUUCAACUGGAAGCAACUGUUAACACCUGAAGACUUGUUGUGUGUUGGGAGUGAGAUCCAAUGUUGUCCGAAGCUUCCUGAAACAGCUGCUGCAGUGUUGAGUGGAUACUGCUUUCAGAUGUGUGUGAACCAAAAUCACUGUCUGCUUAUUCAGAUUAACACUUUCCCUCCAAAACAUUGAGCUGUCCUCCAUAGGAAUGAUAGCAGCAAUAGUAGGGAAAUGAUUGAGCUUCAGUAUUCAACACACAGAGUAAGUUCCUGGAAGUCUUUUCCCUUUUAAAUAUCUUAGGGAAUGCAGACUUGUGAUACUGAAGAACUGGUGUCACCCCCAAAACGUUGGAACUCAGAGGUAGGCUUUGUAAAGAUGAGAAGAGAAGAUGGGUGCACAAAUUCAGACCAGUGAGUGCUUCCCGAGGCUAGAGCCAUGCAGGAGACAGCAGGAAGCACAAAGCACAGGAGGUGAUGGUGAUGUGGAAGCAUAAACAUGAAGCACUGGUAAGGAAAAGAUGCUAGAGAAAAGGCAAAGUUUGAGGCUGGCAUUGCCUUCUGUAUCAAGGGAGAGGAAUCUGAAGGGGUUUGUGGCCUGCCAUGGCACUUGAGCAUGAUCCCAGGAUGUUAGGGGUUGGAAGGGACCCAAGGAGAUUAGUCCAACCCCUCUGUCAGAGCAGGACAAUCCUAUCAGAUUGGAGGAAUGCAUCCAGACAGGAUGAUACGAUUGGUACCACAACAAGGGAACUGCCCUUUGGGGGAUGUGCUGCCAGCAUUGCCUGCUUGCUGUGUGGGGAAAAUAGGUCAGUGUGAGAAGAGAGCAUGCACACAAACUUGUUUUGAGCAGUCACUUGAAGUGUGGCAUCAGUCAACAUCUUUGCUGAUUUCAGGCAAUUGAGGCUGUCACAGAGGCUUGGGGCAGCAUAAACUGUGCAGCAAGUAAAUGAGAUUUUAAAGACCUGAUGUACUUAGGAUGCAAUCUGCCUUAAAAUGUGACUCAAACCUAAUUGUCAGGAAUGCCUUCUGAAGGGAGGAAUGAGAGAACAGCAAUACCUAAAAGUGUGUAGAGCUGCACUUAAUGGAGCAUUUCAAAGAUCACCAAAGCACAGGAACAACUACCCUGUAUUCUGAGGACAAAAAUGUCUUGGAUGCCAGCAGAUGUGGAUGGAGAGCUGGAGGAAUUGCUAUAGCUCCUGGAAUGUGCCUGUUUCUAAAUGUAAGAGUCUUUGUACAUCCUCAUUCUAAGCAGCAUCUUAAAGGGCAAAAUGCUGCCAGAAGCAGUGUCUGAAGUAUUAGGAAUGUCAAAACCAAGCAUCCCUGUGGCUGUUGGAAUGUGCACAAAGAGACCAGUGGAACUUUAGGACUGGCUUGUUGAUAGGCUGUAACCAGCCAGUGUGGCUGUAGCUGUUCUUUUCAGCAAGCAGCUGUACAUGCACUACAGCACUGCUCUCAAUGGGAUCCCUGAUUUUUCUGUUAACAAAUAGGCCUGAGAAGAGUAGGUGUUGCCAUGUGCCAGUGUUUGUACAUGCUCUUUAUUGAAUAAAACUGAGGAUGUGAGAAACAGCAGGUCUGUAGUCUCACCACAGUGUUCCUUGACAGCUUGUGCCUGACAAGAGCUACAGGGGCAGCCUGACCUUGCUGCCUUGGCUGCUGCAGUAUGUACUGGACAGCUAACAGCCCACACUGCUCCAGUGACUUCUGGACACCAAACUUGGGUUGUGACUGCACUUCAGAAGUGGGAAGGGCUCAGUCUGAAUCUUGUGCCCACUGCAAUUCUCUGAAAAGCCUUGAGUGCUGUUGACAGCAUCUGGUGAGGCCACUUGGAUGAUAUCUGGAAACAUGGCUACUGAACAUGUUAAUGGGAACGGUACUGAAGAGCCUAUGGAUACUUCUGCUGCAGUUACCCAUUCUGAGCAUUUCCAGACAUUGCUUGAUGCUGGUUUACCACAGAAAGUUGCUGAAAAACUAGAUGAAAUUUACGUUGCAGGGCUAGUUGCACAUAGUGAUCUAGAUGAAAGAGCUAUUGAAGCUUUAAAGGAAUUUAAUGAAGAAGGUGCAUUGGCAGUUCUUCAGCAGUUUAAAGACAGUGAUCUCUCACAUGUUCAGAACAAAAGUGCCUUUUUAUGUGGAGUCAUGA